AUGGCUGCUUCCUCGUCUGGUGACUCGCAGUCCUUUGAUGAAAGUUUCGAAGGGUUGCAGCCGCAGCUGCCGCAGCUAAUCUCGCUGACCUCGCUGGACACUUUGCUGCAGAAGGUCUACGAACGACAAGAGCAAUCAUCUGGUGCGAUUGCUGCCCGCAUUGCGAGCCUGGAACGCCAGAUAUGCAGGCUCCAAGUUCAGUAUGAAGUUGCGGGUGCGAAGAUGCAGAGCAAGGUGAAGAGAAAGCGCUUUCUCACAUCUUGUUCCACAACUCCAAACACCAAAAAGAAGCAGAAGGUGCAGGAUGUGCUGUCUCCAAGGCCGUGCAUUGAUGACACUGCACGCCGGAAUCUCGACUGCGACUUCUUUCAUGUGGGUGAUGAGGAGAACGUGGAUGACCAGCAGGAUGGUGAUAAAGUCUGUCAGCCAUUGACGUCGUCGGACCAAGAUGCCUGGAGCAUUGACGACUGGAGUGGCUUUGAACCGGUUCCAGCAGCGCAGACGGAGCUGGAGGGUCCGCAUGGUUGCCACGAGCAUCACGAGCCUGUCGAGCAGCCGGCCUCUGCCAUCCAUCUGGCCGUUGACGAUUGCUUCUACCCCGCUAUGCUUGUUUUGCCGAAUUUGUUGGAGUGCUUUUGCGUGCCAGAGAUACUGAGCUGGCGCGCAACGUCGACGCACACUCGGCGCCCCAAGAUUCUGCUGCAACACGUCAACGAGAUGGGCAGCAUGAGCAGGCGUUCCUCCGUGGUCCAGUAUGCUCACAUUGUGUCCGACCUUCGGGCCGUCAUGCAAAAGGAAUCACUCCUACUUGGCAGAAGCAGAGUGGUGAAGUGGUUUGUGCAAACUCGAUUCGGCGAUGAUGCGGCUCUGGGCAAAGUCUUCUUCUGUCAGCUCUGGUGCCUGCAGCAGGGGUCUCUUUUUCGUGAAGCUGAUGUCAGGGAGACACUGCCAGUUGUUAUCCAGGACCUUUCCGAGCAUUGCGGGAGUCAAGAUCAAGAAGUUUGCUCGGCAGGUUUCUCUGCCAUUGAGACCUGCCUCUGUGGCAGCAGACAGCAUGUGCAGGUGGCUGUUGCAUCAAGUCUCUACACCUUGCUGCAGCGUCCGAACUGGGAGACCACCUGGCUUCACACGCAGAACAUCUUGAACCAGUUUCGUGCUUGUUUCCGUGUAUUGAGCAGGGCUGAACGGCAGAAGUGGAUGAUGACGUUGGUUUGCGUAACGCCUCGUGAAUUUGAUGCCCAGCGCCGGCUAUUCGUGCUUGGUCACGCGGAGCUGCUUUGGGCAGUCGACCCAAGCCCGAGAGAAACUUAUGAUAACGUUUGCAGUAUGCUGCGUAUAAUGGAAUCCUCAAAAGACGUUGGAGCAGCUGUUCGUAGGAUGUGGAUGUGCGUGUAG